CGCUCAUCUGAAAGCGCACCUGAGCCCUCCGCCACUGAUUGAUCGUCGCUACUCGCCGGGCAACGGCCGCGUCGCCGCUGCAUCCGAAGGGUGGGUGAACUCCGCCGUGUCGCGGCUGUUACUUAAGUCUAAAUUAAGUGAGGUUAUUUUAAGUCGGUGGCGCGUACGCACAGGCCGUCGUUCAGCUGUCACUGCUCGCUUUUGCUCCUGCCGUAACACAUGCCGCUUAGAUAAGUCGAGCAAAAGCUGUUGCUGGGCGCGGACUCGAAGUGCAGUGUUUAUCGCAGGGUCUCGAUGCAACAGACGGAUGGAUGCAAUUAAUGCAGCGUCUGAACAGUGGGUGCAGUGCUGUGAAGUGCCGAGAUAAGGUCGAGGGCUGUGAAGGGGAUUAUCGGUAUUUCUAAGUGGUGAUGAGCUGUCAACGUGCCAGCCCGCCGCCCAUCACCGCCUUCCGGAUUCCUCAACCAUGAACUCAUAACUUCCCGACACCGACAGCAUGCGCGAGCUGUGCAGGGCCGGCGGCACCGUGGUGGCGGCCGUCGUCGCCGUUUUGGAGAAGCAGCAGCAGGCGCUGGGCGGCGCCCCCAGGAAGCUCCAACAGACGGCCAAAAAUAGCUGCAGCAAGGCGGACGAGAGCUUCCAAUCGGCCGUCAAGGAUUUCGACAGCGUCGCCGAAGACGUCGAGCGGAUCGUGGCGCAGACGAGCUCGUUGAAGAGGCACAAGACGGAGGACGGCGGAGGGCUCUCGAGGGGCGGCGAGGAGGUGGUUUAUAGGCGCCGGGAUGCGGAGGACGGGUUCAGUUCGAGCGAUGACGAGAGCAGCAGCGAGACGACCAGCGAUUCGGAAGGGGAGCACGUGCUAGAGGGGUUGGAGACCAUCGCCGAGGAGGACAGGAACACGUCGAGCGCGCUCUCGUACAAAGGUUUAGAAGAAGAAGACUCCAGCCCCGAAGAUGACUCCACCUUGAAGGUAUCCGUCCCCUGGCCGUCCGCCUCCACCCAUGGCUCCACCUCCGACAUCUCCACCACAUCCUCCGACCAGCCCCGCAGCCUGAGGGACAGCUCGACCCGCUGCAACGACGACUUCCAAUGGAUCCGUAAAGAGCCGUCCCCCGCCCGAAUGGAGGACUCCGUCCCCGCCAGCAAGCCGCCCAUCGGGCGCUCGAAGACGCCGCGCCGGGACAAGACCGCCCCCGGCAGCCUCGACCGGCGCCGCCACCAGCGGCAGGAGCGCGACCAGAAGUCGCGCUCCACGCACGUGCCGAAGAGUCCCCCCCGACUCGACGAUUUCGCGCCGUGCCAGAACUGGUGCUGCAACCCCCACGAGAACUUCUGCUACGAGAAUUUCCACAGGCGGCACGAGCGGAUGGACCCGCAAAGGUACGGGAGUAGCCCCAUGUUGAUGGAUAGGGGGAGUCACCCGGACUUGUACGGGGAGUGCAAUAGGUGUAGGCACGAGCAGAUGAUGGGGUGUUGCGGGUACCACGUGGCGCCGCCGCCGUGUUGCUUCUACGGAGAUAGGGGAUACCACUGGACGGCGCCCUCGUAUCCGAAGCCGAACGAACAGGACGAGAAAUUCAGAAAGCUACAAUUCGAGAAGGACAAUCUCCAACUCCAAGUCCAAGUCCUGACUGAACAGAUCGAAGCGCAGACCGAUAAGAUCGCCGACUUGGAGAAGAUGUUGAUGGAAAAGAAACAGCUACUCGUAGAUACCGAAGACAAAUUACAACGAGAAGUUUUAUCGCGAUCGUCGCUCGAAACGCAAAAACUCGAGAUGAUGUCGAUCGUGAGCGAACUGAAAUUGCAACAGGCGGCCAUGGAGAGGGAAAACAUGGAGCUGAGGAGCCAAUUCAACAACAACGGGGACGUGAAAAAGCCGCCCCUCGUGCCGAGGAUGGCGCAAACGUCGACGCCCGUGCACCAUUCCAGCAAUCAAGCGUUGAGGAUGUCGCCGUCGCCCAGUCCGGUCACCAUGACGGGCAGCAGCCCGAGGAGGGAGCAGGAGAUCCAAGCACCAAAGACUCCACCCGCCAACUAUAAGAGGCAGAUCGACCUUCACUAUGGAAGUCUUCCGCGUCAGCAAUUCAUCAGCAACGGUAGCAACAUUUCCGUGGUCGAUUCCAAUGCGAAUCCGUCGAAGAAGGGUGUGGCGUUUGGUAGGGGACUUUCUUCACUCAUUGGGGGGCGGGCCAGGGGGUUCUCCGUGCCAAAUCUAGCCGAAACCGAGAAAAUCAUCGAGGACGGUUCAGGGGAAUCGCCUCAAUCUCCCACCCUUCAGUUCAACAGGAAUAAAGGGAUCAAAAAGAUCUUCGGUAAGAUGAAGAGGUCCGGUUCGGGUAAUCUGGAGGAGUUACCGGGGAUCGGGGAGUUCCAGAGGGGCGGGGUGAGGGCCACCGCCGCCGCUAGAUUGGGAUGGAGCGAGCCGCAGCUCAGCGUCAAGCCGGACAAACCCUUCGUCGAAUGGGACACCGAGAACAUCUGCGACUGGCUGCAAGACCUCAGCUUGGACCAGUACAUCCCCGAGGCCAAACGCUGGGUGAAGUCCGGCCAGCAACUACAAGAAGCCCCCAUUUCCGAGAUCGAGAAGGAACUGAAUAUCAAAAACCCCCUCCAUAAGAAGAAACUCCAACUAGCGCUAAUCGACACACAAGAAAACGGCUCCAGCGACCCCUUUUUGUCGGAGGCGGGCCAGCUGGACACGGCUUGGGUGCUGCGAUGGCUGGACGACACCGGGCUUCCCCAGCACAAAGAGAGCUUCCUGAUUAACAGAGUGGACGGGCGCGUCCUGCAUAGGUUAACCGUCGACGAUUUGGCGCUGCUGCACAUAACCUCAAUGUUGCACGUGGCGAGCAUCAAACGCGGCAUCCAGGUUUUAAGGGAGAACAACUACGAACCGGCUUGUUUACAAAGGAGGUCGUUGCCCGACGACCCGGAAAAGCCGACUUCCAAGCAGAUCUCGUUAUGGACCACCCAUAGGGUUAUGGAGUGGCUGCGGGCCGUCGAUCUCGCGGAGUACGCGCCCAACUUGAGGGGCGCGGGGGUGCACGGGGGGCUAAUGGUGUUCGAGACCAAGUUCACGGCGGAGUUGUUGGCGUCGCUGCUGUCGAUCCCGCCGGGGAAAACGCUGCUGAGGCGGCACCUGAAGACGCACUUCAACGAGCUGCUGGGGAAGGAGAUCAUACAGGAGAAGAGGGAGGCGGAGUCGACGAUGGGGUACAUUCCGUUGACGCCGUCUUCAAAGCUCAAAGUUGCCAAAAAGUCGCAGUUUUCCUUAAAGAGGAAAAAGAGUAAAGGAGAGGCAGACUAUGGCGACUUGGUGUGUCCGCUCAACGCCGAUAAACAGUCAGGUGAACUGAACGGUUCUGCUCCUAACAUGGGUCAGAUGAUGAAGAUGGAAAGCCUAAGGGCCGAGGAUGUCUCUCAUCACGUUGAACAAAAGCUGGUGCGCUCGUCACCGGCAUCAAUUGCAAACUCUCCAGUACCACAAAGACAUGUUUAAUAAGUUUUAGUAUUACAGAAAUUGGAGGAAAAAGUAUUUAUCAAAUAUGUCUUCCCCCCCCAACAAUUUGCCUUAGGAAAGUGCAUGAAAUUCCUACUUUGUUUUGUUGUUUUUUUAUUUUGUCAAUUGGAAAUGUAUCAUCGUCGGCAAAAUUUUGUUUGUUUUUGUAAGUGUAAAGUUCUGAUGUGCCAAAAAGGCUGCCGAUGAUUUUUGUAUAAUUAUAGUCGUGAAUUUAUAUUUUUUUUAUAACUUAUUAACAGUAUUUAAAGAUUGUUGUUACCAAUUGAGUAGGUAUAGAUUUUAGACAUAUUUAACAAGUGACCAAACAAUUCGUAUUAGUAGGGUUAAAGUUGUUGACUCCAUUUUGUAUUCGACGUUGUCACCAACCCAGCAUCACACGGAUUUUUGUUGAGAAAAUAUCAUUUCUAUUUGUUUAUUGUAUUUUUAUUCUCAUGAACGUGUAAUUGGAUAUUUUUAUUAUCACAAAUAAAUUAUUAAGCGCG